AUGUUACCCGUCAACUUUAGAAUACGUAGUGACAUGAACGAGAAAAAGUCUAACCACUCUGUGUUGACAACUCUAUAUAAUAGUGCCAUUCAUCUUUUGCUUAAGCACCCUAAACUUUGGCCAAUGGCUUCUCUUCCUGCACCAGCCGCAGCUGCCGCUGCCGCCGGCACCACCACCACCUCCUCCUUCUCUUCCUCCGCUGCCAUCUCCACAUACGGUCCAUUCUUCCACAAAUGGGCGCCGGUCUCCCUCUACACAAAGCCCAGAAAACACUCGACGCGGCGAUCGACCGUUUCGUGCAAGGCCCCGGGCAAUGACAACUCCGAACAAACUCCUAUGUCGGCCAAGCUCGACAGGAGGAAUGUGCUCAUUGGCCUCGGCGGCUUCUACGGGGCGGUCGGGCUCGGAUCUGACCCGUUUGCGCUCGCGGCCCCGAUAUCCGCCCCGGACCUUACCAAGUGUGGGAAGGCCGACUUGCCGGCUGGUGUGAAGGCCACCAACUGUUGCCCGCCGUCCUCCACCAAGAUCCUAGACUUCAAGCUUCCACACUCAAACUCGCCCUUGCGCGUGAGGCCAGCCGCUCAUUUGGCCGAUAAGGACUACAUCGCCAAGUACGCCAAGGCCAUUGAGCUCAUGAAGGCCUUACCUGCCGACGACCCGCGUAGCUUCAUGCAACAAGCCAAUGUGCAUUGCGCCUAUUGUGACGGGGCCUAUCACCAAGUCGGGUUUCCAAACCUGGAUAUCCAAGUCCACAACUCUUGGCUAUUCUUCCCAUUCCACCGUUACUACCUCUACUUCUAUGAGAAGAUCUUGGGGAGCUUGAUUGGAGACCCGACCUUCGCAUUGCCCUAUUGGAACUGGGAUGCGCCCGCCGGCAUGCAGAUGCCUGCCAUGUUUGCCGACCCGAAAUCGCCGCUCUAUGAUGCAAACCGAAACCCAAAGCAUGCACCGCCCACGCUCGUGGAUCUCGACUACAACGGCGAGGACCCAACCACAUCGAAUCAGGACCAGUUGUCCAGCAACCUAACCAUCAUGUACAGGCAAGUGGUGUCGGGUGGGAAGACGGCAAAACUCUUCCUCGGCAGUGCCUACCGGGCGGGUGACGAGGCAGAUCCGGGGGCCGGGUCGCUCGAGAACAUCCCGCACGGCCCGGUCCAUGUGUGGUGUGGUGACACCAGGCAGCCCAACCUGGAGGACAUGGGCAAUCUCUACUCUGCCGGCCGAGACCCGAUCUUCUUCGCCCACCACUCCAACGUGGACCGCAUGUGGAACGUGUGGAAAACCCUAGGAGGCGCGAAGAGGACCGACUUCACGGACCCGGACUGGCUCAAUGCCGCCUUCCUGUUCUACGACGAGAACGGGCAGGCUGUGCGUGUGAAGGUCAAAGAUUGCCUAGAUAACACUAAUUUAGGUUAUAAGUACCAAGAUGUUGACAUUCCAUGGCUAAAAUCUAAGCCAACCCCACGCAAAAUAGCCAAAAAGGUGGCCAAGGCCUUUGGGAAAGUAGCUCAUGCCGCGGAUAUGCCACGGCCUAUUGUUCAAUUUCCUAUUAAACUAGACAAAGUUGUGAGCACUCUGGUCAAGAGGCCAAAGCAAAAGAGGAGCAAGAAAGAGAAGGAGGAGGAAGAGGAGGUGUUGGUGAUCGAAGGGAUCGAGUUCGAGAGGGAUGCGUUCGUGAAGUUCGACGUCUACAUCAACGACGAGCACGACUCCCUGAGCAGGCCCGACAAGACUGAGUUCGCGGGCAGCUUCGUGAACGUGCCGCACAAGCACAAGCACGGCAAGAAGAUGAAGACCAGGCUGAGGCUGGCGAUUACGGACUUGUUGGAGGACCUGAUGUGCGAGGACGACGAGGAGGUCCUGGUGACUCUGGCCCCCAAGUACGGCGGCGGCGACAUCACCAUUGGCAACAUCAAGAUCGAACUUAUCGACUGAAGUCGACGGCGGCGGUGGCGUUCUCUUGUGAUGUUUCUUCCGUUUCAAGUUUGAAGAUUAGUGGUCAAAUCUUUUUGGUUUAACUUACGUAAGCGUUUCGUUUUCUUUCCUUA